CUCCAGGUUUUGGUUGUUUCGCUAGAAAAAGCUACCGAAACUAAAUCUUGAAAAUUGGAUAGCCUGUAUGUGACUGCCCAAACAAAUCGGACUACACAUCCGUUAAUACUUCUACUAUGUUGCCCCGAGUUAACCUGAUGCUAUUUUCUUAUCUUUAAAUUUCGUUCACUCAACCCAAAUCUCAUUCGUUGUUCGUUGAAAAACCACAACUUAAUUUUUAAUAAAGCUCCUUCUUUCUAAGUUUUUUAGUAGUCUAGCAACCUCACCUGUGACGCCAAGCGCAAAAAGAAACCAUUAUAUCGGUAAACCUUAACACAACCUUAGCAGAGAAAUUAGCGAAAAACAGAAUGGGGGUCUGCUUUUCGAGACACGACGAUAGUGAAGAAGAUGACGAACCGAAAGAUUCUUUUACAAAACCGACGCAUUACCGAAAACGAGAGGGGCCGAGAUAUUGCGUGCUGAACUUUACACAAGAUUACCAGUAUAGACAGUAUGAGCCGUCUACGUGGGUUUGCGUCCGCAUAAAUGGAGUUUCUUACAAAACGGCCUUAAAAAGUGGAAGUUUGAUUCUUACAAAGUAUUUCCAGGGACAUAAUGGCCCUGAGAAAGAAAUGCCAGAAACAUGUCCUGUCAGAGUUCAAAUUGAUUUCAAGCAAGACCUCGGAUCCAAUGGCGACUUUGUUGUUUCUAUGCAUCUUCCCUGGGAAAACAGAGCACGACCGCCGGCACCUAAGCAUCCCGACAUGUUCAUCCAAGAUUUUCCAGAGCAGUUCGCUUAUGCACAGAUAUUCGAGGGAGUUCCUAAUGAAGGCGAAGUGAAGGAGAGAUUGGACAAUUUGACAGUAGUUUUGGAGAGAGGGGGGCUGGGAUUUGAGAGAUUUGAAUACUUCAGUUCAAGAUUUGAGAGCCCGUUUUCACUGAAAAAGAAAACGCAUGAGGUGAUGGUGAUCGCAAAGAACAAAUAGCCGUUGAACAAAUAGCCGUUUAACACUGUAAAGGCAUCUAAUAUUUAAAUUUAAGAAUAUUUAUUAUAUAAUCUACUUUGUGUUAAAUUUUUCUAUGGCUUGUUCUAUCGCGCGUAUCUUAACUCGUACUUGAAUCCUUUGGCAAGCGAAGUUAAUAUGUUAGUAUAUCUACCUUUUUAUUUUAGUUUAGCCUUUUUUCGAUUGGGCACAUUGUAUUCUAUUCUUAGUAUUCUACGAGACUUCUUAGGCCAGUCAUUUUAGGUGAAAAAUGAGGGAAUCCCGGAACAAAUUGCAACAGUACAAAUCUCAACGGAUUCAGACUCUAUUUUUAUCACUUUAUAACAUAUCAAAAGUCCCAAAAAAAUCCCGACCCGGCAACAUCUCGAAAAAAGGAUUUAUUCCAAACGAUUGGAAAGCGAAUCAUUCGCAGCAUGGAAACGAGGCUGAAACAUGGAAUGUUAUAUUUUGACAGAGUCUUCUCCUCAAAAGAUUAUUUUUACAUCAAGUAGGAACAUGAACAGUAUUCCUGUUGAA